AUGUUGUUGUUAUUGAUUAUUGCGUUGUCGUGUUUGUCAUUAUGUGAAGUGAAAGCCAAAGAGGUCAACAAAUCAGUGAUACUAAACAUGCAUCAUAAGAAUUUCCGUGAAAUAAAAACAAUUUUGAAAAAAGUCAAUGAAAAGCUACAGGAUAUUGGGCAACUGAUGAAAGCAAAUAAAGAGGUAGCGACAUUGCCAGUGUUCGCACCUCCUGCACUAAGAGAUGGGAUGAAAGAAAAACAAAAUAAAAACGUCUCUUCCGACUUAAGUUCGCCAAACAAAACAAAACCUAAUUCACUUGGGAAUAGAGAAAAUUCUUCAACAACAUCUCCAUCAUUAACCACAUCACCAAAUAUAACAUCAACAUUCCACGCGUCUAGUGCAAAAUUAAAACAAAAUAAAUUAUCUGAGAAUAUAGGGAGGAGCGAUCGAGAGACUACCUCUCCGACUGUAGUGUCUACUGUUAAAAAUAAUUCUACAAUUUCACAUAUAACACUUCUUGCUAAGACAACCGCAUCACAUCUUGCUCAGACAACUGCUAAGUCUUCUGUGCCUGUAUUGCGGGAUGAUAAUCAUGAACUCGUUUCAGAUCCUGGCGCCUCACUAGAGUCACAGUCGAGGGCAGAACUACUAGAGAACUAUUAUCGCCUGCUAGAAGAAUAUAAUGAAGGUUAUCUAGUGGUGUUUUUGAUGGAGCUGUCCAGACUAGUCGCUGUCAAGGAUGUAGAAGACGUCCACAUCAUACUACGACAUAUGGAACCAAUACUUCAUGAGAUGCUGAAAUCAAAGAAGCUGGGCUGGUUCGGACACCCAACAACGCAUGUGAUGAUACAAUUUGGGCUUUUUGUCUCAGACGGACCUAUUCAACUUGUGCGAAACUACUCAGGAAUGGUAUAUCACAUGAUGAGGCUACGGAACACGUCCCUGGACAGCGAUGUGAACUCCAUCAUCGAUUACGCCGACAUACUGUACGAGGAUGCAGAGGGAAGGCUGCUGUUUGAAGCUCUUCGAGAUUUUGAGGCUUAUCCUGAUGUGUCAAAAACAAGUACAGAAGUCUGUCAGGGUCUGGUAGACAGUUUCUUCGCUCCGUACCGUCGUCUGUUGAAGUCAGAGAGAAGACAGAAUCUUCUGGACGCCAUCAACUACUUGCUGAAGACCAGGUUUCCGAGGAGGAAGUCCAAUGAUGACGACAUCAUCCCGUUUAUAAUGAAUGGUCCAAACCACAUUUUCGAACAUCACAACCAUAAAUAUGGUUCCAAAGUAGACGCUAAAAUCGCUUCCCUCCGUUCUUCAAAAAACAAAUAUCCAACCAGUGAAGACUACCUACUUACCCGUACAAGAGAGAGGCAAUCCAAGCAUAGAAUUAAUUUAAAGAAGAAGACCACAGAAGAUAUCAGAAAGACUACAAAAGAAAAAGAUAUUCAAGGACUUACCUUGUCAAGCUACUUACAAACUAGCUCUCUAAAGCCUCGAUUUAAAAAAGUGUAUGAAAAAUACCAUGAGACCGAAAAGACCAGAAGUUCUUUUAAUUCCGGGGAACUGAUUGAGAAUAAAGUAGUUCGAUCUGGGAGAAAUAAUGAAAUGGAGGAGACACAUGGCCAGUCAUUCCUGAAGCAAGUUAGGGCACAUUUGUCGAAAUCAAAUCUGUUUAGGACGAAUGAUAACAAGAUGAAGGUGAAACAGAAGAUACUGAAGGAAAUCGUCGAGGGUUCUAGUUACAGUGACGAAGAAGAGUCGUUGCAGAAGAAUUUGAUCAAAGCGCUACAGAAUUACAAUAAGGGUAGACAUCAUAAAUAUGUUGGUACAACGAUGAGUCAAGUGACACCAGGUACAAUAUCAUCUAGAAAGCAAUAUUUGAAUCUGACGAAACAGUCUGGGGUCAAGUUUAAGAAGUUUAUAUCUCUCGUUAGAGGCGGCUUCUUGAGAUAG